GUACUGCAGUCCUGAGUACACCUUCCCGCCGCAGCAGGAGGCGGUGCAGUUUGCUGUAAAUACGGCUUUUGAGAUGAUGACGCUCUAUCCACGCACGCUGGUGGUUUGUGGGACCUAUUCUGUCGGGAAGGAGAAAGUCUUCCUCGCUAUCGCCGAUGUUCUAGGCUGUAAGGUGUGCAUGUCCCCGGACAAAUACAAGACCAUGCAAUGUCUGGAGUCUGAUGAGAUCCGCGCCCUCGUCACCGCAGACUGGCAAAGCUCCGGACUGCAUGUGCUUCCCAUGAUGCAGGUGAACUUUAAGGGUCUUGGUGCCCACCUCAGUAAAUUUGCAGGAAAGUACGACCGCGUCCUGGCCUUCAAACCUACAGGGUGGACGUAUUCUGACGGCUGCAGCUCGGUGGGUGAUAUCAGGCCUCAAAUCCGGGGCAAAAUCACAAUUUAUGGUAUCCCAUACAGCGAGCACAGCAGUUAUCUGGAGAUGAAGAGAUUUGUACAGUUCACCAAACCGCAGAAAAUUAUCCCAACCGUGAACGUCGGCAUCUGGCAAGCUCGCGCCGCCAUGGAAAAAUACUUUGCCGAAUGGCUUUCGGAAGCCAGGUUCAAAUGAGCGACUCGGUUGACCUUGAGGCCGUGCA